GUAAACUCUCUUGAAAAAUGGCAGAAACCGCUCCAGCACCGGCAGCUGCCGCCCCGCCAACCAAAGCGCCCAAGAAGAAGUCCGCUGUUAAAGCCAAGAAAACAGGUCCAAGCGUCAGCGAGCUGAUCGUCAAAGCCGUGUCCGCGUCCAAGGAGAGGAGCGGCGUGUCCCUCGCCGCGCUGAAGAAGGCUCUUUCUGCGGGCGGCUACGACGUGGAGAAGAACAACUCCCGCGUCAAGCUCGCCAUCAAGAGCCUGGUGACUAAAGGCACUCUAGCGCAGGUCAAAGGGACCGGCGCCUCCGGCUCCUUCAAGCUCAACAAGAAGCCAGCCGAGACAAAGAAGAAGCCCGUCAAGAAAGCGGCUCCUAAAGCCAAGAAGCCCGCGGCCAAGAAACCCGCUGCUGCCAAGAAGCCCAAGAGCGCAGCGGCAAAGAAGCCCGCCGCUAAGAAAUCACCCAAGAAGGCCAAGAAACCCGCCGCUGCAGCCGCUAAGAAGGCGACGAAGAGCCCCAAGAAGGCAAAGAAGCCGGCAGCGCCCAAGAAAGCGGCCAAGAGCCCCAAAAAGACGAAGCUUGUCAAACCAAAGACGGCAAAGCCUAAAGCAGCUAAGCCUAAAGCUGCCAAGCCUAAGAAGGCAGCCCCCAAGAAGAAAUAAAUAUCUGUUUCAUUCCCCAACGGCUCUUUUCAGAGCCACCCACUUAACUCUAAAAAGAGCAAAAAGUGCAGUUCGAUUCUUAAAGACAACACAUUUUACUUGUUGACAGAGGAUAGCCACAAAGUUAUUAACGUUUAUUAAUACGAACAGCUUUA